AUGACAGCUGCCGUGAGGACAUUACUACUGGCCCUGGUGUUCUUUUUCUGCAUGGACUCCAUCUUGGCAGUCAAGUUGGGCAUGCAGAUCCCACCGAACCCGAACGGCGACAACGACCUUCUCACAGACAUAUAUCUGCUCCACCACGAGAUCUACGGGAUGGAUGACGGCAGCAACAACCACCAGAGAGAAGACCUGGCCUUCCAGAAAAAGCUUGAGAGGCUGAACGCCAAGCUGCAGAAAAUAGUGACUAACUACCUAAUCAGCAACAGCUGUCUCAGAUACUACCUCUCGGACCACAUCAAUUGCAGCCAGAUCGGCACUGACCCACAGACAAGCGAAAGCGUCAUGCUCGCGUUCAAGUUCGACUUCUCCAGCGACUACCAGAUAGACUCUCGGAUCCAGAAGUUGAACCUCAACGUGCUCGACAAGAAUGCAAACACCCUCCGGAGAAUCAACAGCAUCAAUCAGGAGAGCCUCCGUGUGUUGGUAGACUACCCUCUUACCGAGAAGACUCCUGAGUUCUGCAACGAGCAGUACUUCGACGUCUGUUUUGAAAACUUGAAACACGACAAAUCUUGGAGCUCCAGGCCCUCCACUGUGGAGGCAAUGAUGGAGAUAGAGUUCGGUGUGGAAGCCUUGUCCGAAAGAUACAAACAGUCGACACAGCUGAUAGACGACAUAGCGCACCGACUGGAAAAAGUGGGUGAAGAGUUGGAUGCUGUGGUGUUCCAGCUCCAGAGAAACCUGGAGACCUCAGAACCGGCAUUGCGAAACAAAAACGAAGACACGUUGGACAAAUACAUGAGGCUCUUCAUUCUAACGUUUAUGAUCUACUUGAUUGCAAACUUCGGACAGAUGCUAUGGUUGUACAAGUACUUGAAGAACCACGGACUGCUGUAA